UACAAAAUUGCUUUGACAUCCAGUGAGUGUAGACCUUGUACUGAUUUCAUACUUGUAUUUUGAGGAAUUAUCUGAAAAGAUUCCAACCUGUUUGUAUUUAUCGGUGUGAGUGCAGACAAGUUUAUUUUGAUUGAGGACCUCAACAAAGUGACAUAAAAAUGGCGACAACUAAAACAAAGAAAAUGGCGUUUUCUAUUGAGAAUCUAGCAAAAAGUAGCCGUACAGAAGAAAGUCAAGAUCGGGAUGCAAACGGACAGUUUUUUAUUAACAGAAAUCCAUGGCAGAGUGAAAAUUUCAGGAAUGUUGGAGAUGUGAAUACAGAUUUUUUUAUUAACUCAUAUUUUACAAAACAAGGACAAACAACUCCAAGAGUGUCGCCAGUACAGUUUAAUUCACCGUUGGGAAACUCGUUUGGACUUAGUCCCGAUGAGGGAUAUUCUUCUCAAAACAGUACCCCUUCUGUAUCCGGAAGUGGUUAUGAGCGCAUGCGAAGUGAUGCCCAUAAUAAUUUGGAUGUACCAAGGAGCUGCACACCGUCCUUAACCGGAUGUUCCAUGAAGCGCAAGCGUAUACAUAUUGAUACAGAUGUUGAUGAACGUAGAGAUAAGAGAGAUUCUAAACUGACGGCAUCUAAUGAAAGUUUAGUCGACUCAAGUUUUGAAUCUGUCUGCCCAAAUUCAGAUUCGGAUGAAGGUAUUGGCGAAACUCCCCGACCAAAGAAGGCGAGAACAGCUUUCUGCAACGACCAGAUCGAGGCUCUGGAACGGCAUUAUCAAGCUCAGAAAUAUCUGCCCGCUGGACAGAGGUCAAGACUGGCAAGGGAACAUAAACUGACGGACCAGCAGGUGAAGACUUGGUUCCAAAACAGGAGGAUGAAGGAAAAACGGAAAAAGAAGGAUGAAUCAUUUCCAGGAGGCAUGUCCCUUCCGACAGGUGGCGUUGAUCUAUUGCAGUUACAGGCACUUGGGAUCCCCUGCCCCCCACCGUACACAAUCAACAACAAGCACCAACAAAUGAUGAGGGAUGAUGAUAUCACGAACUUUCCUUCGCCAGCAUCAAGUCCACACUCACCAAUGGUUCAUUCAAUCAACCAUGUACCAUUUUACUCAAGAUUUCAGCCAAUGACCAACGGCCUUGACACUUUAACCAGCUUUACGUCAUCGACCAAUCAUAUAGUUGGUUAUAGAUAACAACGGAAAUGAAUCAAUGACUGUUCAAUCUUGUAUCUAAUGUGCAAUAUUUUUAUUUUGUUAAUUUUGCUGUAUCGAUCCACUAUGUGCCAAAUGAAUAAAAUA